GCCUUAAUACGAUACAUUCUUAAAAUUUAAAACCACACAAACACAUUGGUCGUGAUCCUGAUGUACCGCAACACAUAAUACAUAUUCCAUUAUUGGGUUUGACGUCACAAGUUUCACUGUCAGUUUGACACGUCAUUUUUAGGUUAGGAAGAAGGGUGUAAUGUUUAUUUUGAUAAAAUAGUUUAUUUAGCAGAUAAAAUGUUUAAAAAACUUAAAGAAAAAAUUACCGAAGAGGUGAAAAUUUCUCCUCAAAGAUUUGCUGAAUUCACGCAGUCUGUUAGUGAUAGGUUACAAAACAGUUCAACUUCUGAUGACAAUUUUUUCUCCAUAGGAGAAGAUGAUCAAAAUACAUCUGUUGAUAGUAACAGUCAUGGUUUUUCAAGUGUGCAGUUAAUGUCUCCUCAAGAAAGGCCUAGAAGAAGUUCAGUGUCUUCACUAGCAAGUGAUAUUUCUUUUCUCCCCAAAUAUGAACCUGGCAGCGUAUACCACUUACAAUCUGACUUGGAUAUCUCUGCAAGUGAAGUUGAGGAUAAUGCUUCAACUGCAUCAUCUCAAUUGGGGCAUCUAACAAAGGAACAGAUAUACUCAGCUUUUCAAAAAUCGCAAAUGCGUUAUCAUAAAUAUAGAGGAAGAUAUACAGAUUUGUCUAGACAUUAUAAAGACUUAGAAAGGGAUAUAACAAAAAUGAAGAGUGUAUUGGUUGAAACGCAAGAUAAAGCCAUAAGAAGAGUAACUGAGUUAAAAGAACAGUGUGCCUUAGAACAGAAGGCAAAAGCUCAUCUGGAAAGUGCGUUGAGAGAUGAUCUUGAUGAAAAAAAUUACAAAAUUAAAAGCCUACAAACUAAAAUUGACAUAUUGCAAAAUAAAAGUAAUUCCAACUCCUUAAUAAAUAUUGAAGAAUCUAGCAAUAAUUCAUCUGAAAAUUUAGAAAAUCUAACCAAGUAUCUGAAUGAUUCAAGGAAGGAGAUAGAGACCUUAAAUGCCAAAAUUCAGGAAUUAAAAGCGAAAUCUAUAGUAUUCCAAAGUACCGAACAGGAAUACAAAUCAAAAAUAUCUAACUUGGAAAAGGAGAUAGCACAGUUCUCCGAAAGAGAGAAAGAGAAUAAUCUCAACCUGGCGCAGAAUAAAAUGGAACUUCACAAUGAAAUAUUACUCAAAGACAACGAAAUUUCCAAUUUAAAACGUGAUAAUGAAGGGUUAAAAAAUAAAUUAGACUCUAUGGAAGCAGAAAAUAAAACCAAUAGCAAUCAAAAAUUGGAAAAUUUGCAAAAUCAAAAUAAAAAAUUAAUUGAAAAGGUCGAAUCGCUUACCCAAAAAUGUAAUAACCUGGAAAGUGAAUUAUUAAGAAUGGAAACUUACAAACAAGAAAUAAAGAAUGUGAAAGAUAAAGACGAAGAGAGAAGAAACGAGAUGUUGCAGUUGGAGAAAGUAAAAGAGCAACUAACUAAAAGUAAUUCGGAACUUAACGAAAGCCUAUUGAAAGAAAGAGAAAGUUAUGAGAAACAAAUAACUCAGCUCCGAGAAGAUGCCAAGAAAGGGCUUCUAUCUUUAGAACCUAAAAUUAGAGAAAAGGUUGAAAGUGAAUUUAGCUUAAAAGAGGCAGAACUUCAGCAAGAGUUUUCUAAGAAAAUUGAGGAAUUAACUUCUAGCAAUAAUACUACUAAAGAAAUUCAAGUGCAGCUUAUUGAAAAAGACACAAUUAUUAAAAAUAUCACUGAAGAAUUAAAUGAAACUAAGUCAGUAUUAUCAACUAAGACCAACGCGUAUGAGGAAUUAGAAAAAAAUCACUUGGAAUUGAUAGAAAACUGCACUGAUCUACGCCACACCAUAUCCAACUUAGAGAAAGACAAAAUAACCUUAGAUGCACAAGAAGAAAAAGUAAAACGACUUGAACAACACAUUAAAACCUUACAGGACCAAUUAGAAACAUCAGAUGGAAAUUAUCAAAAAGCCAAAAAGGAAUUAAGCAAUAUUAAACAGGCUUUACAUAACACUAAUGAACAGUUGAGGUUGGUGGAAGAUAGAAAUAAGGCUAUGGAACUACAAUCUUCGGAUAAUGACCAUCUUCUUAAAAGCUUCGAAGAGGAGAAAAGUUAUUUAAUGAGACAGUUCGAACAGAUAAAACAAGAAUUAAACAAAUCCAUUGAAGUUAAAAAUGGAGAAAUUAAGCAGCUACAAAAAUACCUGGUAGAAGCAAAAGAAAAGAGUUCGGAGUUUACUGAAAAACACUCAAAACUAGAAAAGGAAUUAUUAGAAUUUCAAGAACAAAUACGAAUACUAGAAGAAAAACAAAUAGCUGAAGAUGUUGCAAGAAACCAGACCCAGUUGCUUAACAUGAAACUGGCUCAGAUGGAGGAUACUAAUUCCAAGAAUAUUGAGAGAUUUGAGGAAAAAUGUAAUAAGUUAUCACAAGAACUUAUUUCAAUUUGUAAAGAGUUAAAAUUCAUAGACAGCGAUGGAGAUUUUAAUGAUUUUGCAAAUGCUGAACUAAUGGCAAAGCUUCAUCUUAUGAAAGAAAUGUAUAAGAAACGAGAGGAAUUUUAUACAGAUCUUCUUACACAAAACUCUAAGUUAUCAGAAGAGAAUAAAUCUAAAACACAAGAGCUUGAGAAUCUGCAAAGAGAAUUCAGUAGUGUACACAGUAGCAACAAAGAUUUUAAUACAAAUAUAAAUACUUUAGAAGGUGAAUUAUCUCACAUUAGAAACUUGUUGCAAGAGAAAGAAUAUCUCAUUAAAAACCUUAUGGAGCAAUCUCAAGAAAAUCACAAUAGAAUAGACCAACUAGAACAUAUUCUACAAGAAGAAAGAGCCAAGUCUGCUGCUUUGUCAUCAGACGUCUCCAGAUUAGAAUCGAGCUUAAGAGAAUAUGAGGAAAAACACAGAUUACUGGAAGAAAAAGAAAAAUUAUUGGAAGUAACUCAAUCAGAAAACGGUAUUUUACAGCUAAAGCUCCAAAAAAUGGAAGUUGAAAACCAACAAUUGUCGGAUUUACUCGAAAAACAAAACACUUCUGUUGAAAACACUAGCAAAGAACAUCUUGAAAGCUUAGCAGUUGUUAAACAACUGGAAUCAAGAAACCUAGAAUUACAGAAAACAUACGAAGAGAAAAAUGCUGUUGUUCAAGAUCUGAAUGAGCAAAUUAAGAAGCUAGAAGGAACAAUAAAUGAAUCUGAGGUCGCCAAAAAGGUUGUGUUGCAAGAAUUAGAAGACAUUCGAAUUAUACAUUCACAGCUUAAAGCUGAGAAUGAAGCAAAAGACCAAGAUAUUACAAAACUGUCUUCUGAUGUCGCUCAUUUACAUGCCACGGUUAAGAAACAAUCAGAAGAAUUUAAUAAUUUGCUUGUUGACACACAAAAAUUAGACGUUAUGGUAGAGAAUAUUAAAAAGGAAAAUGUUGAGGCUAUACAAAGAGAAAAAACCUGCCAAAACGAUCUGACUAUAAAAGUAAAUGAGUUACAAUCCCAAUUGGAAGACAAAACUUCUAAACUUGAAGAAGUUACUAACAAAGUGUGUACCUUAGAAAGCGCUUGUAAAGCAGAAGAAGAAAAAUGUAAAAUAAAGUCUGCAGAAGUUGAAAAGUUCACAAAAGAGAUAAAAAGUAAAACGGCUGAAAUGAAAAUUAAAGACCAAGAAAUCUACAUAUUAAAAGAAGAAAGGGACAGUGUUGUCGAAGAAAUAAACGCUCUAAGGGGGGAAAUAGUGGAAUUAAAUCAACAAAUUUCUCAUAGAGGAAACCUGGAUACGCAGUUAGUCCAUUCAGAAAGUGAAAGGGAAUUAUUACAGGCAGAAAGGGAGAAAUUCAAGGAAGAAAUUACAGAACUAAAUAUCAGAAUCCAACAACUUUCCAUGGACAAUAGAAAUGUUAUGGAAGAAAACCAAACCCUCUCCCAAGAGAAAGAAGAAUUAAAAGUAUCUUUAGAGUUUUUAAAGGAACAACAAUCUAAGGGACCAAAUACAGAUUACCUCGACAAAGAGAAUAAAUCUUUACUAGAUAAUAUACAAGAUCUUACACAUAAGCUAAAUAUAGUAGAAACUGAAAAUGCAAAACUCAAAAGCGAGAAAAAGACGUCAGAUAGCAAUGGAUCGGAAAUAGCAAAAAUACAAGAAGACUUUUAUGAAAUUAAAGAAAAAUGUGAUAACCUUUUUAUAGAAAAUAAGAAUCUUAAACAAGAAUAUAAUAAUUUAGAAGAAAAAUGCGCUGGAUUUGGUAAAAUUAAAGAAAAAUUGGAAGCCCAAAUAAGCGAGUCUGAGAGCCAUUACAAUGAUCUACUUAGAGAAAAACAGCUGUUAGAAGAUGAGAUACAAGAACUGAAAACUUCUCCCGUGAAUUGCAAUACUAAUUCAUCAAGAUUGGAUAAUUUAGAAACGCUCAAGAAAGAACAGGCAUUUUUAAGCGAAGGCGAAAAGCAGCAUUAUGCAAAGGAGAUAGAUAUUUUAAGAGAAAAACUGACCAAAUACAAAUCAUUAGAUCUUACCAACAAGAGUUCUAUAGAAUUUUACGAAAACGAACUCCAGAAAAUGAAAAACCAAAAUGAUAAGUUAAAUAGAAAAUUAGAUGAGACCAUUGUGACUCUUAACCACUGUGCUGAGCUUUCUACUUCAACAGAGGUGGAAUAUCUGAAAAAUGUGUUGUACAAUUACAUGUUGGGCAAGGAGAGUUUGGUGUUGGCGAGGGUGAUAGCGGCCGUUUGUAAAUUUGAUCCUCACCAGACUGAACUGAUUAUGCAGAAAGAACAACAAAAGCAGACUUUGUUGGGACACUUGGGGCUCAUUUAACAUUUAGAAGAUGAGUAUUUUAGGAAACAUGCUAAAAUCUGAAGUUAUUACUAGCCCAUAGGGCUACGACCUAACCCCAAGAGACGAUAAAAAUGUCAAAAAAGCUAUAAGAUUUGAAGAGGCAAUACUAACACUGUGCAAAAAAGCACUUUAAAAGAUACUAAGAACACAAAUUACGAAUCACUACUUUUCUCUAAGAUGUUGUGACGUCCUUUCAUUCAAGCAUUCCAUUUCAAAGUUGUUUUAACCACUUAGUAUUUACUUCAGCACUGAUGCUUACUACUGCAUUUCAUAAUUUAUUAAUCUAGUUUUUGAAUUGUAAUGACAGAAUAAUUCAUCGCCUUAAUACUAUAACUUGAUAAUGAUAACUCGAAAUUAGUAGUUUUGAGAUAAACGGGUUUAAAGAUUUUAAAGAUAUUUGUGCUGCUACCAUGAUGUUGGUAAAUACGUAAUUCACUCUGCACCUCUGUAAUACUGUUCCUUAACUUUUUGGCUACUGAUGUAUUUAGGAAUACGGUGCAAAUUUGUUUUCCAAUAUGGAAAAUAACAUGAAUAAUUAAAGCUAUCAACUUUUAGCACUACCAUAAUGUUAACAUUUGGUAAUGUCACAUGUCGUGCCAAGUUGCAUCUAAGUGAACUUUUUAACAAAACUAAUAUUUUAAGCAUUAUUUUGGUGAAAAUUAGCCCUCUGCCAUGGGGGUUGCCAGAUCUGCUAACAAUUCUCGAAUUUUUGCAUUAACAUGAACCGAAUAAGCAGAUAGCAAUUACGUGGUAAGCUCAAUGGUUUCAGAAAAACACGUGCUACAACUAGAUAACUCGAGUUAGCUAGUUGUAGCAUUUAAGGUAUGUCGUAUUCACGAUUAUUUCGAUUAAACAAUAGCUUGAUAACUUAUCUUGUCAAGUUUUAGCACUAAAUAUUAGGGGCAUUUGAAUUUUAUCAACUUUCGUCAAUCAUAAAUAAAUACUUAACCCGUUUGGACCGAGUUAUCCAGUUUUUACACAAUAUGGAGGCAAAUAAAAUACAUCUUGUGAAUUAGUUAUCUCAAAAACGUCAAUUUUGGAGUUAUCAAGUUAUAGUACUAAGGCGACGAAUUGAUUUCGACUGUAAGUGGAGGUACAUUAUCAGAUGAAAAUUUUAGAGUUUGUUGUGAUCGAAAUAGUUUUGUAAAAUAUAUUUUUUAGAACGAGCACACUAUAUUAGUUGUUGCUGACAUAAUAUAAUUAUGUAGUUUAUAUAGUAUGCAAUACAAAUUUAACUUUUCCCUUGCAACAAAUUUAAAGUAUCUAUAUACUGUUGUGACGCAGCAGAAUUUUGAGUAAAAUAUGAAGAAUGUCAAGAAAUAUCUGUGAAAGAGUACUGAUAUACUGUACUUAAUUCGUAUUUAAGUUCUUUUAUUUUACGUAAUAAUAACAAUUUUCUUUAAAUCAUCUCUUUUCGUUUUAAUGGACAUCCUAAGUCUUGACGUCACAAAAUUGGGAGGAGCUUAUAUUUGACUCCAAACAAUUUUGUUUAUAAGGUUAAACACUCGUAAGGAAUUUUUCAUUUAUUGUUUACGUGGUUUGUGUGACAAAGUAAGACUUUUUAUUUAGGUAUUUAGUUAAAGAAACGUUUCAGUUAAGAGAUUUUUAUUCGUUUUUGCCCAGGUGAGUUCAUUUAAUGCAAUGAUAAGAACGUAAACAGUUUUGAGGUUAUGUUUAUUUUCAACCACUAAGGAAUAAAAACCACCUGAGCAAAAACGAAUAAAAAUCUCUUAAUUAACAUGUUUCUUUAACGAAAUACCUACAUGAGGUCUUGUUUUGCCACACAAAGCACAUAAAUGAAAAAUGCCUUAUGACAAUUUAACGUUACAAACAAAAUUGUUUGGAAUCAAUAUAAGCUCCUCCCAAUUUUGUGACAUUUGUGACGUCAGACUUAGGGAAGAAGCAUUCCCCACUGCAGUUUGUUACCAUCAUAUCUAAAAAGAUUCUCAGUGCCAUUUCUACGUUAGGAAAGAUGUCUUCAAUUUUGUUCUCUUUUAAAAGAUGAUAGAUUUCCAGAAUACUAUUAAUAGUUUUUUCAUAUUUACUUUAAUUAAUUUUCAAGUAUUCUGUUAAAUGCAUUCAUUCCAUUUCUAACUCUUUCUCAUUUAGGUCUUCAUAAUAUAUUUCAGCAAAUUAUUUGCAACUUUGUCUCAACUCUUCGGAAUUCAGAGUUUUCAAGCGAAAAAAUAAUGCAAAGCGUUCAUUAAUGUUCUUUUACGGUAAAACAGCUUAAUCGCUGUUCUAGGUGAACGUCCAGGGUAUCAAUUAUUAUGGUGAUAAAAUUUUCGACUCUGAAUCUUUCUUUUCUAUAUUUUUUUCCGUGCUUAGAUAACCAAUAGGGAACUUGCAUAGAAUUUUAAAUUCGAAAAAAAUGUUGUCACAUCAGAACAUAAUUUAAAACAUGUAUCAAAGAUAAAAAAUUAUACCAGCCCAAAACGCGUCGUGACGUCAUCAGUCAUCGGGCUAUAUGUUUACAUUCUGAACCAACAAAGUAAACAAAAUUGUAUAUAAUUUUAAAUUAGACAUUAUAAACCUCAGUAGAAAGUGCAGUUAUGUGACGUUGCAAGUGUUUUUGAUCGUUUAAACUAUUCAUAGAAAAUUUGUACUUUUACAAAAUGGUUUUAUUUUCCAUAGUAAACCUUCUUUCCUUUCCUUCAAUAACUAUAUCAAAUUCCAAUCUCAAAAAACUGGUAUAUAUAUUACAAUGGCAUACGAUAAAUGUCAUUAGAAUAUAAAUAUUUUUCCUUUAUUCCGCGACGACGAGCUGGCCAAAUACCCAAGUAGGUGGAGGCCAAUAAACUAAAGAAGAAGCAGAAGAAUAUACCUAAAUAUAACCAUAAAUCGAGCCAUAUAGUUAAACUAUGUGACGUUGUAAGCUGGGCGAAUUAUCCCGAGGGAUAUAACCCAAUAAAGGAAGAAGAAGAAGAAAACUAUGUGACGUUACGGGUCGUUUGAACUAUUUUAAAAUACAGAAGACUUUAAAUUUGUACUUCUAAGUUAUUAUGAGUUUUUGAAGCGUGAAAUUUUGGAAAUCUCAUUUUUUAUACAAAACUGAACAUUAUUAUGUAAUAAAAAAAUGUGCAAGUUCCCUAUUCGGUUAUCAUUUAGUAAUAAAGUAGAGGGCCCCAAUUGAUCGCGGGGCCCUGGACACGUGCCCAGUGGAGAAGAAAGGCUUGCUUCUUUUUCACCAAAGAAUUCACGCCACCAGAAAAACUUUAUCACUUGUUCAUGGCAAGAUACGUCGAUAGGUAAAAAAAUUAAUGAAUUCUAAUAAACAUACGUAGGGGUUUACUCUUUUUGGUCAUUCAUUUGAGGUAUUUUUUAUUAUUUUAAUUGUACAUUACUGCCAUAUAGUUUAAUGCGUUUGUUGCCAAUUAUCGAAUCAUAUUGUCCGUAACAUGUAAUAAUUGAUCGUGUAUUGGCAAUAGGGCUUUUCAACGCUUCUCAUUUGUUUCACGAAUUUGUGAUAUGUCGUAUAAUAUUAAUAUUCCUACGUCAUACGUCUUUGGUUUGUAGCAUUGGUAUAUACAUAAACAUAAUUGAGCUUUUCAUCGACUCUCGUUUGUUUCGAGCUCCUGUCAUAAAAUAUGUUGUAUAAUCUGUGUAUAAUAUUCAUAUAUACAGAUUAUUCAACAUAUGACAGAAGCUCGAAACAAAUGAGAGUCGAUGAAAAGCUCUAUAAGAAUAGACUAGGUAAGGUAUGGGUCGCUCUGCAUCGAGGUGUAACGCCGGCACAGCCAAUACCAAGGACGUGAUUGGUCAAUAUUCACUUUAAUCUAUCCAUCUUAGGCUGUCACAUGCACGGGAUCGCUUGGUAAAAAGGGAUAGACAGACCACCGAUCGACUGCCCGCGCGUUACGCUAUGCCUUGCUCGGUAUGCCUUGUCUAUUAUUAUGUAUUAUGUUUAUGAGUAUAUACCAGUAUGACAUGAUACUAAAAAUAUUAAGGUAGGAUCUUCCCGUAGCGCAAAUGCGUCCGAGUUCGCGUAACAGGAGACCUGAAUUUGAAUUCUUGUUGUUAGCUUACAAACGCGAACAAUUCAAAUUAAUCGUACAUUACGAACUUGCAGGUCUCCAGUUACGUCACGACUUCCCACUUCAGGAUGCGUAAUAUAUUAUCUUGUUAUUUAUAGUAUCAUGCCAGUAUAUAUGACAUGAUAAAAGCCCGAAACAAAUGAGAAAGCGUUGAAAAGCUAUCUAUGUUAACCGUUUUUACAGUAAAUGUGUUGUUAAAAUAUUAUUGUAGACAUUGCCUUCUUCUAACUAAAUAAAUGGCCCCACUUACAGUGAAACUAGUUAUUGAUUUAAUUUUGAUUAAUACACUUUAAUAAAUUAUGGCGCCACUCACCGAAUUUGUAUAGUAUAUUGAUUGUUUUAAGCAUCGAGAGUGCUGUAAAAUGUGAGGUUCUAUUUUUAUUUAUUAUUAGUUUUAACGAAUUUUUACUAUUAUUAUCUAAUUUGUGUGUACAUAUUAGUUUAUUGUUAUACAUACAGAUAUAACUUUUAUGUACGUUGUUCUAGUAAAAUUUUAGACGUGAA